CGUGUCUUUUAUUUCUCUUAGUCCGUUUCCGGCGCGGCGGUGGUGUUGUCGUUGAAGCGCUAUGGUAUUUCGGCGCGGCCUCGAUCUUUUCCCGUGAGUUUUUGUGUCGUUCUGCGGGUUUCAUGUUCCGCGCCGCCGAGAUCAAGAGCUUCGGUAAAGCGGGAACCGGCUGGCACUUUCGGCGGACGAUGGACGAGCUGGUCCAUGACCUGGUGUCGGCUCUGGAGGAGAGUUCAGAACAAGCCCGUGGAGGGUUUGGAGACGGUGGAGAUCAUGCCCUGGCCGUCGGGUGCCUGCUGAAGCGCCAGGCCCGCAAGCGUCGUGGCCGUAAACGCCGAUCUGAUAACCCUCACCCGCCGUGGGACACCUGCCACCUGAGUGAAGGCUCUGAGUCCAGCGUAGAGGAGCAGAAAGACUACCGUUCAUCCACGGCAGCAGGGGGCGCUAACACACGUGACAACAACAGUGACUCGGAUGAACAGCUGGGUGCGAAGCGGCGUACACCACUCACUGCUGACUCCGGCAGGGGGAAGAGACCGCUGUGGCUGGACGACUUGAGCGGAGCGGAUGUUUUGGGAACGCGCAGUUUGCGAAGGCGUCGGAAAGUCAAGCGCAUGGCUGUGGACCCGCCACUAGAUGUCGCCACCAUGCUGGCUCCGCCUUCCAGAGCGACAACGGUGGGCGGCAGCAGGGAGACAGGGUUUAGUCCGGAGGCCAAAGGGAGCGACGCAAACAAAAACAGGGUGAAGAAAAGGAAGUUUAUGGUGCAGAGACUCACACAGGACACGGCAGACGAAGGCGUGGUGGUGGAGAGCGAAGAGGCAGGACAAGCGACCAAAGAGAAGAUGGACUUUGAGGAGCAGAAAGGCUCAGAUGAGGAGAUGAGUGACAGCGAGACGAGCAGCGUGAGUAACAGCAGUGAUGGGGGUCUGUACACAAACGACGAGGGAAGACAAGGUGACGAUGAGCAGAGUGAUUGGUUCUAUGAGGGCGAGCCGGGCGGAGCUUGUGGAAUCGCGGGUGUGGUGCCGUGGUGGGAGAGAGACUCUACUGAACUGGACCUCAAUGACCCCGUGUUCAACAGCAUCCUGACCGGAGCGUUCCCGUUAAUGUCACAGGGAGCUCAAAGAGGUUUUCAAGUGCGGCUCGCGAGACAGGCCUGUCUUCAGCAAUCACAGGGAACCUCUCAAGGAAUUUCUGAUAGAUUGCCCAGAUUAUCCCAGGAUCCUCAUGAGUCGUGGUUCAGCUCUGGGACCAGAAGAGACCAAUUGAUUUGGGAUGCUCGCAGCGACAGAAGCCACAGGAAAAGCUGCUCUUUAAAGACUGCCAGCAGACAAACAAGUGGUCAUCUUGGCUCCUUGUGUACUGGAGAUAUAAAGAGACGACGGAAAGCUGCGCCUGUGGCAGCCCCAUCAUCCUCAGGUGUGGUGGGUGAGGGCGCUGCUCCUCUCCCGGAGUCAAACUUGGGGAACCGUAUGCUGCAGAGUAUGGGUUGGACCCCGGGGUCGGGCCUGGGCCCUGACGGCAGAGGCAUCACGGAGCCCGUUCGUGCAUCUCAGAGGCCAAAGGGAGCCGGACUGGGCUUCAACUGAGCUCGAGCUGAGAACAGAGAGAGGAACUCGUGCAGAGACGGUGCCCUGGGCCCUUUCUCUCUGUUAACCACAGCCAGCCAGCAGAGGACAGCACUGAGGUGACAUAGAUAUGGGGAAAGAUGAUGGACAGAAUGAAACGAAAUGGGACACCUGGACUGGCCCAGAUGAGGACUGACUGUAGAGCUGCCUCACUGCCCACAUACACACACACACACACACCGAUUCACUUCAACACAACCAUUAAAGCAAACAAACUAACUUGCAUUAAAAAAAAACAUUCACCAAAAAUUUAUCAUUACAGUCAAGAAUUUCCCUUUUGUAAUUAUUUAUUUUUUCUGACUGUACAAUAAGAAUUUCAUGGGAAAAUAUUUAACUUCAAGAUUCAUAGGGGAAAAAAUAAUUAAUUAUAUUUUGCAUAACAAAACUGAAGCCUGUUUGUAAGACCAUUAAGAUUUUAUGACAUUAUUUUCAUGUUAAUUAAGCACACUUCCCUCAACAUUCGUGUUACUGUAAUGCAAAACUUUAGAUUUUUGUUACAAAGAGAAUAAAUUCUAUUCAGUACAAUAGUGGCCAUCUUUAUUUUUUCACAUUGCAACAACAGUAAUUAAAAAAAAAUAAAUGCACUUAAUUUUCAUUUAAAAAAAAUUAUACAAAAAACAGGCUUCAUUUUCUUUAUGCAAAAUAUGAUUUAUUUUAUUAUUUUGAUGUAGAUUUUUCACUCCGUAAUUCAACAUCCUGCAGAAAUAUUUCAGUGAGCCUGUUGGUGGUUAUCAGUGAUGUUAAUUACAAUCCAACACUCAGUGAAUACCAGCAAAUAUUAGCUCAAUAUUUGUAGUAGUAUUCUCAUUUUUUUCAAAAUAAUUAGAAAAUAUUUUCACCUCAAAAAACAAUGUGUUUUAAGCAGAUUAGAUCAGUCCAAAUGAUCAUCUGUCUCGUGUAUUUCUUUUUUUAUACUUGUAUAUCUUAUGUCGCUGAUAAUAUUUUAGUCUUUUUUUUUUUGGUAAUUGGAAUUUUAAUUUUUCAAUUAACUUAAACAUUUUUUUUAGUUUCUGGAUCCUGUUUUUUGACGUUUGUGCAAAUAUCAUGCACUAAUACGGAUUGUCAAUACCUGAGCCAAUCACACACUCAUUAAUAACUGCAUGUAUGAAAUGCUGAAAAGAUGUAGACUGGAGCAAGCGACUGCUGCUCUUUUAUGAGAGUCAACUCACGCGUGUUUUAAUGAUGAAAUAUGAGGGUUUGGGGUCCAUUCUGUGUAUUUCCAGCAUGCAUGAUUCGAAAUUCAAUGAAAUGCACGUGUUUCUCAGAGUUUGAGUAACGAAUAGGAUUAAUUGACUGAAUUGGCUUAGCUGAGAUGGAAUUAACUGUUCAAGGCGGCGACACACUUACUUCUGACGACUGUCAUUUCUGGUUGUCACGAGGUGAAGAUUACACCAUUGUUGGGUAAACGCUUGAAUCCUAGAUGAUUGGAAAUGCUAUUAUCUCGGCAGAACGUUUAGGAAUCUGGUCGAUGAGACAGGAAGAGUCUUUGAGCCGAAUGUGACAUCACUUCCUCUCUGGUGUUUGAACAGAGCUGUACUUCCCUUUCAGGAACACAUUGUAUUUUACCAUGUUUGCACUCAGAAUGAACAGUUUUCAAGUGGUUGUUGAAAUGAAUGUGGAGCAUGUCAGGUUUGUCUCUUCCUGCGAUUUGUACAACAUGCCAAACUCACAAACAUGCCACAUUUGUUUACUUCAGUUUUUUUGUCGUUCUUGCCAUUUUACAUAUUAGUAACGGGGAUGAUCUGGUCUCGACGUGUGUCUUCUGAAGUCAAAGUGAUGUCUUGUUCAUAUACUGUAGAUCAGUAUUAAAGCGUUCUCUGCACAAGG